CAAAGACCUUCUUCUUCAACUACCCCGCCAAGACCUCCUCUUCCUGCUCCUGCUCCUGAGCAUCACCCAUGGCCGCCGUGAAGGUAUACGGACCUCCAAUGUCCACAGCUGUAUCCAGAGUCCUUGCUUGCCUUUUCGAGAAGGAAGUCGACUUCCAGCUCCUCCCCGUCGACAUGUCUAAAGGUCAGCACAGAUCUCCAGACUUCCUCAAACUCCAACCUUUCGGCCAAGUCCCUGCCUUCCAAGACGAUUCCAUCUCCCUCUUCGAAUCCAGAGCCAUCUGCCGCUACAUCUUGGACAAGUACCCGGAGAAAGGCAACAAAUUUUUGCUCGGAAAAGGUGAUCUCUUGGAGCGGGCUUCCAUAGAUCAGUGGCUGGAAGCCGAGGCGCAGAGCUUCAACCCACCGAGCUCGGUGCUGGUUUUUCAGCUGGCGUUUGCGCCGAGGAUGAAGCUGAAGCAGGACGAGAAUGCUAUUCAGAAGAAUGAGGAGAAGCUUGGCAAGGUUUUGGAUGUGUAUGAGAGGAGGUUGGGAGAGACUCGGUUCUUGGCUGGAGAUGAGUUUUCCUUUGCGGAUUUAUCGCAUUUGCCCAAUUGUCAUUGUAUUGUUAAUGCUACUGAUCGGGGUGGUUUGUUGACGGAGAGGGAGAAUGUUGGGAGGUGGUGGAAGGAGAUCUCAUCAAGGCCGUCGUGGAUGAAGGUUGUCGAGAUGCAGAAUACUCCAAAGGCUGGUUGAGCACUGCUUGACUGGCUGGCUGGCUGGCUGUUAUUGGUGAUGGUUCUUAUCUUGUUUUACUUUUUAAUGAAUUCUGAAUGUCUUGAACUGCAGAGCUUUGUGAUGUUGUUGUUACUGUCAUGUGUUUGUUUGUCUUGUUUUUCGUGUCUCUAUGAAUGUUAUUGCGGGAGAAGUGAUUGAAGGUUCAAAGCUUGUAUUUUGUCCAGAUUUUGGUAGUUUAUCUGAACUGUGGGAUGUGAUCCACUGGUGCUCAUGCUUGCCAUUGGGUUUUUGGUGAUAUUGAAAGAACAGUUUGAGAUGUAUGUUCUUCUUGGUUUAGAGAUGACACUUUUGUUUUAGCUUUCUGA